AACCUUCACUCAUUCACCCAUGUCAAAAACCAUACUCUCUUCAUAACAUACACGAAGAGAAUGGUUCGGCUCAUAACACAUAACCUACUUGCAUGCCACGUUAAAGGGUGCACGACGAAUAAUUUCCCACUGCGGUUUCAGGACGUUAAAGUCGAGCUGCGUGAGACAGAGUUCAACGCGGAUUUUCUGAGGAACUUCGCGCCGAGGAUUGAGUGGAAGCCCCUUGUUGAUGCAGCGAAGCAGCUCGGCAAUACGACCUUGCCCGUUGAACAGCCUGAGAUGUUGGAUGACGAAUUUUUGAAAGCUUUGCACCAUGUACUUCUCGAGAUUCACGUCGAGGAAGGAGCCAUGGUAUGCCGGAACUGCGGACACGUCUACAAAAUUAUGAAUGGCAUUCCAAACAUGCUUCUUUCGGAGAGUGAGAUUUAAAUUAGAUAACCACCCAACUCACGGUGCUUUGUCGACUGCUUCGCUCUGAGACCGCGGAUGAAUUCCAUUAUUUCACGAACGACCUUUUCACUGCUCAAUUUCCAGCAUACUUCUCUUCGGUAAAAAAAAUUCGACAUUAUCGUAUUCUCUAUAUAACGGAGAGUCGGCCGAAAUCUCAUUAUAGGAUGUUGAUUUUAGAAGGAUACGCUUGAGUAUCUUACUUUUUAUCUUAGCGCCUAUAUCUUACCUGUGUUUAGCUUUCCAUUUCUUCCCUUGUAUUGUCUAGCAACGAUGAAAAUUUCUAUCAAUUUUUUUUACCGUAAUCGUGAAGCAGAAGCUUUACUCCCUACUAGAGAUGUUUGUUCUCUGUUCGGACUGCUGAGCGGGGACCGACUGAAGGCACCUGAGACAAGAUGUUCCUGGUUUUUUAGAUCGUCUUGGACGACUACUUCUCUCUUCCUAAUUAAUGUCCCUCCCUAGGCCACAUUCUAGGCGCUGGCCAGGGCAUACAGCGACAGAAAUGUUAUUGUGUCGGUCUUCAAACUUCGCGCCAAUGGGCUUCUCGCAGGACAUGUCCAGCAAUCACUCCCUUUUCAAGAACAGUUAACACUAAAACACUCAGAACAUUUUCCAGGUGUAAAUGUCCAGCGGACUAAGUCGAUGUCCAAGCAAUUACUCUACGUCACCUCCUUGAUCAAAGCAAGCGUGCAGAAGUCAUGACCUGGGAAGAGAUUGGAUUAUGUAGGCGUGUGUUGGUGGUAAGAAUAGUGAAUGCGAAUGGUCUCCUUAACAACCCUUAUCGUUCUCGGGCCUUAGCUGCUUCUGUGCGGACUAAAAUUUAUUGCGAGAGGAGUCAAUGCGUCCGUUACUGACCGGAAACGAUGUUGUUUCGUUCCAAUCAUCCUUCUGGAUCCAGUGGAAAUGCCUCCAAGAGCGGGUUUAUCUGUAAACGUAGACGAUUACAGAAGUCGAUUGGAGUGCGAAAUUCCAUACAUUUUUUGUUGAGUAUCUUAGUUACUUCUGAAGUGUGGGCCUACCCAUGACUCACCUCAAUGUGGCCGAUCAUAAGCAGAACACACCCAAUGUACCACACUCGCACGCACAUUUACUAAGACAAAGCGUAAGAAUACCUAAUUCAAGUACUAAUUUGACUAAUCAAGAGAAAUGACGCCGUGGUCGUUCAUUCACACCACCGAAAGAAGGUUAUCUUGCACGUUGAUUGGCCCACAUGGUUUACCAAGGUGGUACUGUGUGGCCGAACGAGGACGUUUGAACAACCAUACCUCGACGCAUUCGUUUGCCGAGGGCUUAUAAAACCGCAUCCGCUUUAACGAACGUUUCCUUCAGCUCUCUCUCAUCUCUCGUUGCAGAGCUCACUUUCUCUCAUCUCGGAUUAUAUCCUUAUUGCUUCUCUUCCUUCCGCGUAUACAUCCAUCGUCUCCACUUAUUUGCGAACUUUCCUAAGGCCGCGUUAGCCACGAUGCCAACUACCAUCCUCCACAAACC